AUGCAGGUGCUGGUGGACAACGGUGUGGUGCAGGUUUCGCUGUCCAACCCCGAGGGCCACAUCACCGGCGUCCGCUACGGCGGGGAGCGGAACCUCCUGCACUCCAAACACGGCGGUAAUUCAGGCGGGUAUUGGGACAUGGUUUGGAACACCCCGGGCUCCGGCCGUCAAGGAAACUACCAAAUACUUGAGGGCUCGGAUUUCAAGGUGGUGACCGCGACAGAAGAUAAGGUGGAGCUCUCCUUCCGGCGCACCUACAACGCGUCCAGCCAGAGCGGCGGCCUCCCCCUGAGCGUGGACAAGAGGGUGGUGAUGCUGCGUGGCAGCCCCGGGUUCUACUGCUACGCCGUGAUGGAGCACGCCGCGGACGCGCCCGCCGUGUCCGUCAGCGAGGCCCGGCUCGCCUUCAAGCUCAACACGGCGCGGUUCAACUACAUGGCGGUCUCGGACGCCAUCCAGCGGUACAUGCCGAGCGCCAAGGACCGGGAGUCGCCGCGCGCCAAGCGGCUGGCCUACGGCGAGGCCGUGCUGCUCGUGGACCCGGCCAACCCGCGGUUCAAGGGGGAGGUGGACGACAAGUACCAGUACUCGCUCGACAACAAGGACAAUAAGGUGCACGGCUGGGUCGGCGCCGGCCAGGGCAGCCCCAUCGGCUUCUGGGUCGUCACGCCCAGCAACGAGUUCAAGAUCGGCGGCCCGCUCAAGCGGGAGCUCACCUCGCACGUCGGCCCGACCUCGGUCACCAUGUUUCUGGGAACGCAUUACGUCGGGAACGACAUCGUGGCGAGGAUCGACGACGGCGAGUACUGGAAGAAGGUGAUGGGCCCCGUGUUCGUCUACCUCAACUCAAACCCGAGCAAGGGAGAUCCGCGCGCGCUCUGGGAGGACGCCAAGGCACGGGCGGACGCCGAAGCCGCCAAGUGGCCGUACGGCUUCGUAGAGUCGCCGGAUUUCCACAAGGCCGCCGAGCGAGGCUCCGUCGUCGGCAGGCUGCUGGUCAGGGACAGGCACGUGAGCCUCCAAGACAUACCCGCCGGGACGGCGUACGUCGGCCUGGCUGCGCCGGGGCAAGCCGGCUCGUGGGCGACGCAGAGCAAGGGCUACCAGUUCUGGACGACGACGUCUCCGUCCUCCGGCGGCAAAUUCACCAUCGAAAACGUCCGGGCGGGCGAGUACAGCCUCUACGCGUGGGUCCCCGGCUUCCUCGGUGACUACGUGCACGCCUCCCGCGUGACCGUCACCCCUGGUGGCGCCGUCGAGCUCGGCGACGUCGUGUUCGAGCCGCCGCGGUCCGGGCCAACGCUGUGGGAGAUCGGCGUCCCGGACCGGAGCGCGGCGGAGAUGUUCGUCCCGGCCGUCGCCGGCCCGAAGUACAACAACAGCGAGCUCUUGGCCGGCAAGGACGCGUACCGGCAGUACGGCCUGUGGGAGCGGUACGCCGAUCUGUACCCCGAUGGCGAGGACCCCGUCUUCACCGUCGGCGAGAGCCACCACUCCCGGCACUGGUACUUCGCGCACGUCACGAGGAAGGCCGGCGACGACGGGGGCUUCGCGCCGACGACGCGGCAGGUGCGGUUCAACCUGGGCCGCGUCGCGGCGAACGGCGUCUACACGCUGCGUGUCGAGCUCGCGGCCGCGCACAAGGCGAGGCUGCAGGUACAGGUGAACGGGGCGACUGGAAGGAGGCCGCUCGCGACGCCGACGUUCGGCGACGGCAACGCGAUCGCCAGACAUGGCGAUCAUGGGACGCAGUGGAGCUUCGAGUUCCCGAUCAGAGGGAGCCUGCUUCGGGAGGGCGAGAACAAUAUCGCAAUCACGCAGACGAGGGCGCUCAACCCCUUCUUCGGGGUCAUGUACGACUACCUCCGGUUAGAAGGUCCUCGGGGUUAUUCGUAG